UGGAGGAGCUGACCUUGGAGCAGGGCAUUGCCCAGUGUCUGGAAGAUGUCAAUAGCUCCCGCUGCAGCUUGGAGACCUUGGGGAUGACCUGCACCCACUAGCAUGCCUGGAUGGUUCAAGAAGGCAUGGUAUGGGCUGGCAUCUUUACUCAGUUUGUCCUCCUUUAUCCUGAUCAUCGUUGCCCUGGCGGUGCCACACUGGCUGAGUGGGAAAAUCCUUUGUCAGACUGGAGUGGAUCUGGUGAAUGCCACAGACCCAGAGCUGGUCAAAUUCAUCGGGGACAUUUACUAUGGGCUUUUCCGAGGGUGCAAGGUGCGGCAGUGCGGGCUUGGGGGCCGUCAGUCCCAAUUCACGAUCUUCCCACACCUGGUGAAGGAGCUCAACGCAGGCCUUCAUGUGACGAUUCUUCUGCUCCUCUUCCUGGCCUUGGCCCUGGCUCUGGUCAGCAUGGGCUUUGCCAUUCUCAACAUGAUCCAGGUCCCAUACCGGGCAGUCAAUGGCCCAGGGGGCAUCUGCCUAUGGAAUGUCCUGGCAGGAGGAGUGGUGGCAUUGGCCAUCGCCAGCUUCAUGGCCGCAGUGAAGUUUCACAACCUGACCGAACGGAUCGCCAACUUUCAGGAGAGGCUCUUCCAGUUUGUGGUGGUGGAGGAACAGUAUGAAGAGUCAUUUUGGAUCUGCGUGGCCAGUGCUUCAGCCCAUGCUGCAAACUUGGUCGUGGUGGCCAUCAGUCAAAUUCCCCUUCCUGAGAUCAAGACGAAAAUUGAAGAGGCCACGGUCACGGCUGAGGAUAUUUUGUAUUAAUAGCCUUCUCCUCUCAGACCCUUUCCUAAGUCAGUUCUGUAGUGUGAAUGGAGACCUCACUUUUUUUGCAGCCUCACUAAUACAUAACGGCCAUGUUCUUGUCAGUAACAAGAAAGAUGUGGAGGAACCAAGGCUGGUACCUGGGCCAGGAAAGAAAAACUUCCCCAGAAUUCCUGGUUGCUUUACACUUCUGUCUCUGCCUUCCAGAAGCACCUAAUCUUUCCACAUGACACCAGAAUUGGAU